GGCCCACAUAUGGACCGGCCCACCGGGCAUUUGCCUGGUUGUACAGAUUACCAGUCCGAGCCUGUGCUUGAGUCAACUUAGGCUAGCUAGCUGAGUUGGAGUAUCUUCACACAUGUUAGAGUUUCUUCGCUGGGUCCAAGUCACCUGAGUGAGCAUGAUGCAGUGGGCUUUGGCUCUGUGUGCCCUGGUGGCUUUCUCCGAGUGUAUUCGGGUGCCCAUGAUCAAGCAUAAGACAGCCCGGCAGAAACUGCAGGAAAAGGGUCUUUGGGAGGAGUACAGGAAAAAGUUCCCAUACCAGCCCAUGGUCAAGUUCCAGCAGCAGCAGGAUGGUGUUCAGAGCAUGACCAAUGAUGCCGAUCUGUCUUACUAUGGUGUCAUCUCCCUGGGAACUCCCCCCCAGUCCUUCAGUGUUGUCUUUGACACUGGCUCCUCCAACCUGUGGGUGCCCUCUGUGUACUGCAACAGUGCCGCUUGCAAUAACCAUCGCCAGUUCAACCCUGACAUUUCCAGCACCUACCAGGGCACUCAACAGAGUCUUCGGAUCCGCUACGGGACUGGCAGCAUGACUGGAAUUCUGGGUUACGACACUCUGGAGGUGGGUGGAAUCACUGUGAGCAACCAGAUCUUUGGUUUGAGUGAAAGUGAGGCCCAGUUCAUGGAACACAUGGAGCCUGAUGGAAUCCUGGGUCUUGCCUUCCCUUCAAUUGCUUCCGCUGGAGCCACCCCUGUCUUCGACAACAUGAUGAGACAAGGCCUGGUCUCCCAGGACCUCUUCUCUGUCUACCUGAGUGGGGACAGCGAGUCAGGUAGCGUGGUGCUCUUUGGUGAGAUUGACUCUCAGUUCUACACAGGCAGCUUCACCUGGGUUCCUCUGACCUCAGAGACCUACUGGCAGAUCGAGCUGGACAGUAUCACCAUCAAUGGAAAUGUGGCUUGUGCUGAUGGAUGUCAGGCCAUUGUUGACACUGGAACCUCCCUCAUUGUUGGACCUUCCAGUGACAUCAGCAACAUGAAUGCCUGGGUUGGAGCCACCACUGACCAAUAUGGUGAUGCUCUUGUGUCCUGUGAAAACAUCGAGAACAUGCCUGAGGUCACCUUCAAUAUCAACGGACAUGCUUUCACUCUCCCAGCUUCUGCCUAUGUGUUUCAGAGAAACAGUGGCUGUACUGCUGGCUUUGGUAAUGGUGGUACUCAACAGCUCUGGAUCCUGGGAGACGUUUUCAUCAGACAGUUUUACACUAUCUUUGACAGACAUAACAAUAUGGUGGCUUUUGCUUCAGUUGCAUAAAUGCUAUCGUACUGUAAAAUGAAACUGUGAGCAUAAUGAAAUGUCCAAAAUAAAAAAAUAAAAAUAAAUACAAC